AUGUCGUCUCCAGCACCCUUAUCGAGUUCACCAAAUGUGCCGCUGCUUCGUCCUCCGAUGCCUGGCAGUCGAGGAAACAGUGGUGCCAGAACACCAAGAUUAGGUCUUGCCAUCCCGCCUUCACCCAGUGUCAAACCUCUCAAUAGCAGUGCCCAGCCUGGCGGUCUAUCUCUUCAAAUGCCAGGCCAAAUGAAUACAAGGCCAUCAUUACCACGAUUACAAUUAGCUACACCGAUGGGAAGCAGUCAGACUCCGUACGAACAGACUCUACAGAAUGGCAGACCAAGUAUACAAACCACAGCAGGGCAAUCUGCGAGUGGUGGUAGUGAGAGUAGUGCAGCACAUUCAAGGUCAGGAAGCUUCGGUCCUCUAGAUGGACGUGCAAGUGGGCCGACAUCUGCUGGUUCACAAUACUCAGCUCUUUCAUUCGCUUCUCAGUACGGAUUACGACAGCCACAAGGAACACCCGACCCCUCGUCGGCUGUUGGGUCAUUAUACUCAGAACGAAGUGAAGGGGGAGUGGGAAUGGAACGAGAUGGCAGCAUGAAUGGGCUUGAGGGGUUCGAUAAAUUGAGCUUAGAGCGUGGUAGAACACUAGAUGUGGAAGACCUGGACGACGAUGGUUGGCGUGUUGCAAGUAUGGAGAAACGAAUUGAGGAAUUAAGCAGUCUAGGAGAGGGAGCUGGUGGUGCAGUCACAAAAUGCGUGCUGAAGGGUGGGAAGACAAUAUUCGCCCUGAAGAUCAUCACCACAAACCCAGAUCCGGACGUCAAGAAACAAAUCGUGAGAGAAUUGGGGUUCAACAAGGAUUGUGCUAGUGAGCAUAUCUGUCGAUACUAUGGUGCAUUCGUAGAGCCUUCGACAGCUACCAUCAGCAUUGCCAUGGAGUUCUGUGAAGGUGGCUCCUUGGACAGCAUCUAUCGGGAAGUCAAGAAGCUUGGCGGUCGAACUGGCGAGAAAGUGCUAGGCAAGAUCGCUGAAGGGGUCCUUAACGGCCUCACCUAUCUCCAUAGCAAGAAGAUCAUCCACCGAGACAUCAAGCCAAGCAACAUCUUACUGUGCCGAGACGGCCAGGUCAAGCUCUGCGAUUUUGGUGUCAGUGGUGAAUUCGGUACAAAGGGAGAUGCCAACACGUUUAUCGGUACUUCGUAUUACAUGGCACCAGAACGUAUCACCGGCCAGUCUUACACCAUUACUUCAGAUGUCUGGUCCACAGGUGUCACUCUACUAGAGGUUGCACAGCACCGGUUCCCGUUCCCAGCAGAUGGAACAGAGAUGCAACCACGAGCCGGCCUAAUCGACCUUCUGACAUAUAUCGUCCGACAGCCGAUUCCAAAGCUAAAGGAUGAACCGGAGGCAGGUAUCAAAUGGAGUGACAACUUCAAGUACUUCAUUGAAUGCUGCCUCGAAAAAGAGCCAUCAAGACGUGCCUCUCCAUGGCGUAUGCUAGAACAUCCAUGGAUGAUCGAAAUGCGCGCCAAGCGUGUCAACAUGGCCCACUUCCUUGCCACCGUCUGGGGCUGGGAAGAGAAAUGA